AUGAGUGACCUAGACCGGGCGAUCGAGCAGCUGCGGGCCUGCCGCCUGAUCCCCGAAAGCCAGGUCCGCGAGCUGUGCUACAAGGCGCGUGAGCUCCUGAUCGAAGAAGGCAAUGUUGUGUCCGUCGACGCUCCCGUGACCAUCUGCGGCGAUAUCCACGGCCAAUUCCACGAUUUGAUGGAACUAUUCCGCGUCGGCGGCGACGUUCCCGACACCAACUACCUUUUCAUGGGCGAUUUCGUCGACCGUGGUUUCUACUCCCUUGAAUCCUUCCUUCUCCUCCUUUGUUUGAAAGUCCGAUACCCCGAUCGCAUCACCCUGAUCCGCGGCAACCACGAAUCACGCCAAAUCACAACAGUAUAUGGAUUUUACGACGAAUGUAUUCGCAAAUACGGCAGCGCCAAUGUAUGGCGAUAUUGCUGCGAAGUAUUCGACUACCUAGCCCUGGGCGCGAUCGUGCUCGGCGCGAGCUCAGAGCUAGAACCCUCCUCCAACACAGCACUCUCAAGCAUGCCGAUUGAUGACAGCGAGCUGGAAACAGAAGUACUGAAUUCCAGAGGCGAAGUCACAAUGAGUACGUAUCGCGCGCGACAACGUUCGUCUUCCGAUGCAUCCACAGACUCUAGAAAUAUCUCCCCGCCACGAGACAUCUCCGCCGCUCCAGGCCAAGCUGCCGCGCCCUCACGAUCGGGUGCGCCGGGGACAGGUGCGAGCGGCGAUGGCAACGGCAGCGCCUCAACUAGCCGGACUGGUGCGGUGCUCUGUGUACACGGUGGAUUGUCACCGCUCAUUGACUCUGUCGAUAAAAUUCGGCUGAUUGACCGCAAGCAAGAGGUGCCACACGAAGGUGCCAUGUGCGAUCUGCUCUGGUCAGAUCCGGAUGAGAUCGAAGGCUGGGGAUUGAGUCCUCGUGGAGCUGGGUUCCUCUUCGGCGGUGAUAUCGUCAAACAGUUCAAUCAUCUUAAUGGCUUGUCUCUUGUCGCGCGUGCCCACCAGCUUGUUAUGGAGGGAUACAAAGAGAUGUUUGAUGGCGGUAUCGUCACUGUCUGGUCUGCUCCAAACUACUGCUACCGCUGCGGCAAUGUUGCCGCUAUCCUUGAGCUGGGUGAAGACGCAAGUGGCGGCGGCACUGUUGCUCGCAGUAACGGUGAAUAUGGUCGGAGCAAUGGAAUUGUUACAGAUAAUAGAGUUGUCAGUCCUGGAAGGAGAUAUCGUGUCUUUGAGGCUGCAGCGCAGGAUACAAGGGGCAUGCCUGCGAAGAAGCCUGUCGCUGAUUAUUUCUUGUGA